CCAAAACCCCAUGGUUGCUACUCUUAAAAGUUAAAAACUUAGAGCCGUCACCAAAGAAUUUGGAAUCUGUUUAAAGAAUGAGAAGGACGAUAACUCGGCUUGGGCCAUGGCAGCCACACGCAGAGGGGUUGAACCAAAUAAUUCUCCUGUUGCUGCUAGAUAAUUUGCCGUUUUCUACGGUUAUUAGGACUCAGAUUCGGAUGCAGCUUCUGCAUUUCUCUUUGUUCGGUGAUUUCAACAACUAUCUUGCUUUUAUCCUUUCAAGAGCUAAGGAUGUACCUGUAGAGAUUCGAAAAGUUGCUGGUCUGCUGCUGAAAAAUGGGCUAAUGGCUGUAUACAAUUUGAUAGAGCCUGAACACCAACAAUAUAUAAAAUUACAACUGUUAUAUGGUUUAGGAGAAGCAGAUCAACACAUUAGGUCAACUUGUGGGACGACUAUAUCAAAUGUUAUUCAACAAGGGGGAAUUUUGGGAUGGCCUGAGCUGUUUCAUACUCUUCUACAUUUCCUUAACAGUGGUGAUCCAAAUAGAAAUGGAGGUGCUAUGGAUGCAUUGUCAAAGAUCUCUGAGAAUACACCCGAAUUGUUGGAUUCUGAUGACGCUUGGUCAGGUCAAAGGCCCAUCAACAUAUUCCUUCUUGAAUUGUUUGAGUUUUUUCAUUCGCCCCAUGCUAAUUUGAGAAAGCUUUCAUUGCGUUUUGUAAACAAAUACAUUAUCUCUAUGCCUUCUGGACUAUACACAUCCAAGAAUAAAUACCUUGAUGGUUUGUUUCUCCUUGCCAACGAGCCAGAUGCAGCAGUGCGGAAAUUGGUUUGUACUGCAUUGCUUCAGCUAGUUGAAUUCCAUCCAUCUGUUCUAGAGCCCCGUUUGAAGGAUGUAAUUGAAUGUAUGUUACAACUCAAUAAGGACAACAAUGAUGUAGUGGCACUUGAAGCGUGUGGAUUUUGGUCUAAAUAUUGGGAUGCACAGAUACCAUCUGAGAAUUUGAGAGAAUAUUUGCCACGUUUAACUCUAAUUUUGUUGUCAAACAUGGCUUACCCUAAUGAUGAUGAUUUACUUGCUGAUGCUGAGGAAGACGAGUCUAUUCCAGACAGAUAUCAGGAUCUGAAACCUCAACUUCCUUGUUCUGAUGAAGAUGAUGACACUUGUACCAUCUGUAACUUACGGAAAUGCAGUGCCUCAGCUCUUGAUGUUCUAUCAAAUGUGUUUGGAGCUAAAAUUCUUCUUACAUUUAUGCCUAUUAUCGAGGCAAACUUAUCUGCUACUGGUGAUGAAGCCUGGAGGGACAAGGAAGCUGCUGUUUUGGCUCUUGGUGUAAUCGCUAGAGGUUGCAACAAUGGUCUUUAUCCUCGUUUGUCUGAGAUUGUGGCAUCUCUAAUUCCCCUUUUAGAUCAUAAGUUUACUCUCAUAAGGAGUACUUCUUGUUGGACACUUUCUCAAUUCAGCAAAUACAUUGUUCAGGAUAGUGGUAAUAAAAAAGGCUAUGAGCAAUUUGACAUAGUUCUUACGGCUCUCCUGCAAAGAAUAUCGGAUACUAACAAGCUGGUACAAGGGGCUGCCUGUUCUGCUCUUGCAAUACUUGAAGAGGAGGCUGCCGAAAAGUUGGCACCGAGGUUGAAAGAAAUAUUACAGCAUCUUAUGCAUCCUUUGGGCGAGUAUCAGAAACGGAACCUGAGAAUUAUUUGUGAUGCUAUCGGAACUCUAGUAGAUGCUGUUGGAGAGGAAUUGGAUCAGCCUGUUUAUGUUGAAAUUCUGAUUCCACCACUCCUUCAAAAGUGGCAAAAUUUUUCAAUUUUUGACAAAGAUCUCUUAACACUUCUUGAGUGCUUCACAUCCAUCGUGCAGGCAUUGGGUAGCAUCGAAUUCUCUGAGUUUACUGAGCAUUUAUUCAGUAGGUGCAUAACUAUCAUCGAGGCUCAACAACGGUUGGCCAAGGCUCAUCCUUUUUCAGAUAAGGACUUCAUUACAUGCUCGCUUGAUUUUCUAUCUGGACUAACAGGGUGCUUUGAUAGUGGAAUAGAGAGUUUGGUUUUACAGAGCAAUUUGAGGGACAUGCUUCUGAAAUGUUGCAGGGAUGGUGCUCCUGAUGUUCGACAAAGUGCCUUUGGUCUUCUAGGGGACCUAGCAAGAGUUUGUCCUAUUUAUUUGCAUCCUCGUGUACCUGAGUUCCUUUAUCUAGCGGUGAAGCAAUUGAAGAUUCCCAAGUUAGAGAAAACCAUUUCAGUAGCAAACAAUGCAUGUUGGGCUAUCGGAGAGCUAGCUGUUCAGGUUCCUCAAGAAACUUCUCCGUUUGUCACAACAGUGAUCUCGUGUUUGAUUCCAAUCCUUCAUCAAUCAGAGGGGGUGGAGAAGUCAAUGGUUGAAAAUAGUGCCAUUACUCUAGGGAGGCUUGCAUUUGUCUGUCCAGAUCUUGUGUCGCCACACAUGGAGAAGUGCAUGCAACCAUGGUGCAUUUCUUUAUCUACUACACGUGACGGUAUCGAGAAAGAAGAUGCCUUCAAAGGUCUUUGUGCAAUGGUCAAGGCAAAUCCUUCAGUUGCUCAGAGUUCGCUUGUUUACGUAUGCAAAGCUAUUGCAAGCUGGAAAAAAAUAUGGAGCACAGAACUGAAUACAGAAGUUUGCAAGGUCAUGCAUGAUUAUCAACAGAUGCUUACUAACGAGGCAUGGGACAAAUUUAUGUCCGAUUUGGAUCCACUCGUGAAGGCUAAUAUUGCGAAGUAUCUAGUUUAAGAUCUUUGUAAUCCAUGAUUGUCAUUGUUCACCAGUAUCCAUGGUUUCUUCAAAGAUAUCUUCUAUCAGCAUCAAUACUGUUGUCUAUUUCGCGCAUCAUCCAUCGGAGCUGCGAUCGAUAUAAGAAAAUGUUGGAAUGCAGCCCUCCAAAGCUUCAAGAGGUUGUUUUUUUUUUUUUUGGCGUUUUAGUUGAAGGAUCGGUGAGGUAUCGGGUUAAAGCAUUGCGGAAUUUUCUCUUAUUGAGUUUUGGUCUGUUAUUUCCAUAGAUUUUUGUUCAAGUGCUUUAGAUGUGGAUGACUGAUAGCUUUUAGGUGUCACUUAUGUAAUCAUUAAGGUUCAUGCCGCAGCAAUGAGAUUGGGGUUAUAAAGGGAUAAUGUAACUAUUAGUCCCUGGAGAUUUCAUGAAUUCAUGCAAACCGUGUAUCAUUUGUUUUCUACAUACGCGUUUUACCGUCUAUAAAAAUUGAUUUUUUGAGGUUCAUAGCUGCCCCUCCGAAGGAUAUUAUUUUCAAAGUUUGAACCUUAUUUCAAAAAGAGAAACUACAUUAAACAAGAAAGUUACUGUCGGAUCAAAGACAAAUUUCCGGUGCAGUUCAUCCUUUACCGAGAAAACCUGCUGUUCUUCCACACAUGAAACCUGAGGUACAUAUUAUCCGAAAAGUAACUCUAGAUAAUCUUAUGCAACAUUCAAGGAAUACAUAUAUAUAUAUCCAUAUAUUAUAUAUACAUCUAAGGUGUUCUUUUGAGGGUGUACCAAUUAUGAUGGGGUUUUUCUAAGUAACAAA